UUGCCCUGGCUUCUGCCAACUUGCAGACAUGCCUCGCCAAUUCCCCAAGGUAACGCUGAGUGAGGCUGUGGAGGAGACCCAACUCCUGGCAGAGAAGGUGUAUGCGUCGGCUCUGAAAGAAGAGGACAAUAAAGAUGCAUUGUCUAUGUUCAUGGUGCCCGAGGACUGCCCCAUCGGCCUCCAACAAGCCAAAGAGCAUGAAUUGCUUAAGGAGCUGGCUGAGCAGCAGUCUGAGGAGAGCAGCAAGAGAAGGAAAAGCCUAAAGAUGAUUCGUUCCCAGUCCAUGUCCUUGCAGGUGCCAAUCAAUCCAGACUGGACAUGGUCAGGGGCUCUUGCGCCAUUCCAAUCACCCAGCUCCAGCUCACUGGGCUCAUCAUUACAAGAAUACUGCCCUGACUACCAGAGGGUCACCAUUAGUGGUGAUUACUGUGCAGGAAUCACAGUGGAAGACUAUGAACAGGCGGCCAAAAGUCUUCUCAAGGCACUGCUCAUCCGUGAGAAAUAUUCUCGGUUAGCCUAUCACCGAUUCUGUAGAACUACAGCCCAGUUCCUUCGCCGGGCUGAAAAUCUGAGUUGGUGUGAAGAGGAUGACGUUCAACCAGAUAUGUGCCCAUGUCCUACAGAUGGUGAGGAUCCUUACAGUAUGGAUAACAUCCCAGAGAACCUGACCUAUGAACUGCAGAUGAAGGAUGGAAUAAUGUAUGUGUACGACAGUGCUGACGCUCUAAGAGCAAAUUGUCCACAUGACCUUCCUUACCCAGAUCUGGAGACGUUUGCUAUAGAUCUCAGCCACGUGCUAGCAAUGAUUGCAGAUGGACCCACCAAAACAUACUGCCACAGACGACUCAACUUCUUGAGUUCCAAGUUCUACCUUCACGAAAUGCUCAAUGAGAUGGCUGAGCUCAAGGAACUAAAAGGCGUGCCGCACAGAGACUUCUACAACGUGAGAAAGGUGGAUACACACAUUCAUGCAGCUGCAUGCAUGUCCCAGAAGCACUUGUUGACCUUCAUACAGAAAACUUACAAUACAGAUUCAGACCGUGUGGUUAUGGAAAAGGCUGGCCAGAAGAUGACUCUCCAACAGGUGUUCCGCAGUCUCAACAUGGACCCCUACGACCUUACUGUGGACUCCUUGGAUGUACAUGCUGGAAGGCAAACAUUCCACCGCUUUGACAAAUUCAAUUCCAAGUAUAAUCCAGUUGGAGCCAGUGAACUCAGGGAAAUCUUCCUGAAAACUGACAACCUCAUCAACGGCGAGUAUUUUGCUCGCAUUAUUAAGGAAGUGUCCCAUGACUUGGAAGAGAGUAAAUACCAGCAUGCAGAGCCACGCUUGUCCAUCUAUGGGCGCUCACCAGAAGAGUGGCACAGCCUGGCUAAGUGGUUUAUUAUGCACAAAGUAUACUCGCCCAACAUGAGAUGGAUCAUUCAAGUACCUAGAAUAUACGACAUAUUCAAGUCAAAGAAGUUGGUGCCCAAUUUUGCCAAGAUGUUAGAGAACAUAUUCCUUCCUCUGUUUGAUGCAACUCUUCACCCGCGAAAUCACAAAGAGCUUCAUGUGUUCCUAAAAUACGUGUCAGGCUUUGACAGCGUAGACGACGAGUCCAAGCACAGCGAUCAUAUGUUCUCAUUCAGGAGCCCAAAACCUGAACAGUGGACUGGAGAUGACAACCCCCCAUACAGCUACUACCUCUUCCAUAUGUAUGCAAACAUCAUGGUGCUCAACAAUCUCAGAAAAGAGCGUGGCCUUAGCACCUUCCAGUUUCGCCCUCAUUGUGGGGAGGCUGGUUCAAUCACUCAUUUGGUGUCGGCGUUCCUCACAUCAGACAACAUCUCACAUGGACUCAACCUGAAGAAGAGCCCUGUGCUUCAGUAUCUGUACUACUUGGCCCAAGUCCCUAUUGCCAUGUCUCCAUUGAGCAACAACAGCCUGUUCCUGGAAUACUCCAAAAACCCUCUACGAGAGUUCCUGCAGAAGGGCCUCUGUGUGUCCUUGUCUACAGAUGACCCCAUGCAGUUCCACUACACCAAAGAACCUUUGAUGGAGGAGUAUGCUAUUGCAGCUCAGCUGUGGAAGCUCAGCACAUGUGACGUGUGUGAAAUAGCUCGAAACAGCGUACUGCAAAGUGGACUUCCUGAACAGGACAAGAGGCACUUCAUAGGAGUGAACUAUCUUCAAGACGGUCCUGAGGGUAAUGACAUUCGCCGCACCAACGUGGCCCAGAUCCGUAUGGCCUACAGACAUGAAACUCUGUGCAAUGAACUCAGCUUUAUUGUGGAUGCUGUUAAGUCUGAACCAAUGAAUUCUGUUGUAUGAAUAUG